AUAGUCUACUGCUGAUACUCUGCUCUAUCUCAUAUAACACUAGGCCUUAUAUUUUGGCUUAGCCUCAGAGCUAUUAAAAGAGUGAAUCAAAGAGGACGUAAAUACUCGUAAUAGAGUAAUAUUUAUAUUCUUUGCUUAUUUAGGAUUGGCUGUGAUAGCUUUCAAAAUUCAAGUUCAAACUUCAAAUAUUUGUAAAUUCUGUGCGUAGCGGCUAAGUAGUAGAACUAAACACAACAAUAAAUAAAAAUAUUUUUGAUAAUAGUACAUAAGAAUAGUUUUCUUGAAUAUAUGCAACACCUAUUCGAACAUAUAUUGUAUUUAGUACACCGUACUUAAGUACUUAGAAUUAUAAUAUUGUCUUCAAAUAUGAAAAUAAAAUAAUAUAUUCUUUAUUAGAGAAUUUAUGCACUAUAGAGAUUUGCUAUUAUUCUGAAGAUAUGAUGGAAAUGCACGAAUAUUAUCAGCAUCAAAUUUCAUUAGCUAGAACAGAAAUUAGGAACUUAAGACAACGGAUUUCAUCUCUCAAACAUGAACAUAUUAAGGAAAUCAAUCUCAUUAAGACAACUUUAAAUUCACUCAGAUGUGGGAACUGUGCUGCAGAAGCUACAACAAUUGUAAAAAAUCAACAGCAAUCCGAGAGCCAAACGGUAACACCAUCAGAUUGCAUAUCUUACUCUCCCAUUGGCUACAUAGAGACUUCAUUUGACAACAAGAGGGCAGUGCCCCGGCAAGCAACUGUGUUAUCCAAAGCUAAAGGUGUAGUUGUGAUAGAUCCAUGUGUUUUCAAUAAUCCUGAGCAUGCAUUGUGUGGCUUGGAAGAUUUUUCACAUAUGUGGAUAAUCUUCCACUUUCAUUCGACUGGUAGUUCCAGUGUUCCAGCUAAGGUGUCACCUCCUAGACUCGGAGGUGACCGUAAAGGUGUAUUUUCUACAAGGUCACCUCAUCGGCCCUGCCCUAUAGGGCUAUCUUUGGUUAAGAUACAUAAUAUUGAAGGUAACAGAAUAUGUUUCCAAGGCGUUGACAUGAUAAAUGGCACUCCAGUACUAGAUAUAAAGCCCUACAUACCACAGUAUGACUACCCAUCGCCUAGUUACGAGCCAAUGCUGUCACUGGACCGACCUCCGACAGAAGGACUUAGUGAAGCCGUGAGGGACCUGCAGAUAAAUAACAUUCACAGCGUGGACCCACAGUCAUCUCACCGAAUCGAUAUCGACGCUAGUGUGUUAUCUGAUUCACCAUUUGACGAGGACAUACCAUCUAUCCAAGACAAUUCUACACCAUCAUCACACUCAUCACCUGAUGCCAUUGAUGGUAUUGAACAGUCACCGGUUAGAUUGGACUUUGAACGGGGAGCCCCCGAUGGGCAAGAGAGAUUCACUCCACCUCAGACUCAACUCAAUCUCGAAGGGAUUAGAGUUCCAAAUUGGAUAACAAAUCCACCUUCUCAGACUUAUGAUGUUAGAUUCACAGACGAAGCCAUGGAAAGACUAUACAGUCUAAUCGGGGACCGAGCGGAGGCGUUUAAGUCCAACAUUGAAUCGUUGUUGUGUGAAGAUCCAAGGUCGUUGUAUGUGAGGACUAGGUAUUCUGAUCACGAGUAUUGCUGCGUUUUAGAGGACUUGUCUAUAAGUUGUGUGUUUGAUGCUAAUUCUUCUAUUUGUACUAUUGUAGCUGUAAGGAAUGCUGAUGAUUUGCAGAAUUAAAUAAGUUUUUAUUUUAAAAAAAAAAAAAG